CAGUGGGGACCGGGCCUAGAACCUGGACUGAGACACGGGACGGGCCGCGGCUCCCAACCGAGUGGGGGCGGGCGGGGUCCAGGUUAAUACAGAAAUCAGCCUCCUGGGCCAUGCCGUUUCUAAAGCGUGUUUCUUAUGAGCCCCCGCAGAAGACAGACGCGCCAGUUCUCACAGUGGAUGACUUUUCCUGCCUAAACAAGAGAUCGGAUAGUACCUUGGAUCUGUCCAUCACCAGACCCGUAGCUCAAUAAGUCAGCUGAAUGAAGGGAUGUAACAGACCCCUGGGAGGGACACUGAAGCUUGCAGUGUGGGGGGGGAGGGGCCUGGACACACCCCUUCCCCCCCAGACUCCUCCCCCUCAGAGUCCACUCAGCCAUGGACUUUGGACCUGGAUAAGAGGAGAAAAGCUGAACUUUGGUGGAUCUGAUUUGGGACUCACAGUUUUGGAAAUGGAGUGCUGGAUGGGGGUUUGAUGAUCUCCAGGGGAGCAGCUGAGAGAAGAGAAGAAAGGUAAGGUGCUGGCUGACUUUAGCCCUGAGGUGUGAUAUUUGAUUUUUAAAAUCAGUAAUCUCAGGGCAGUUUGGUUUGAGGAAUGGGAGGUAGAUGAUCUCCCCCCCAACCCUAAACUCCGGAUGGAAGAUUGGAAACGAAAUCUGUCAGGUGCAUGGCUCCUUCCUAAUCCUGUAGCCCAGAGGACACAUCCCUAGAAGCGUGGGUGAGUAAGCCCAGCAAGCCAAGGGCAGCCUUGAGCCUUCCCCUUGCCUGCCCUCCCCUGUGGGGGCCAGGAUGCUGAAGAAGCAGUCUGCAGGGCUUGUGCUGUGGGGUGCUAUACUCUUUGUGGCCUGGAACGCCCUGCUGCUCCUCUUCUUCUGGACACGUCCAACGCCUGGCAGGCCACCUUCAGAUGAUGCUCUUGAUGACGAUCCUGCCAGCCUCGCCCGUGAGGUGAUCCGCCUGGCCCAGGAUGCUGAGGUGGAAUUGGAGCGUCAGCGGGGGCUGUUGCAGCAGAUCAGGGAGCACCAUGCUCUAUGGAGCCAGCGGUGGAGGGUGCCCACUGCAGCCCCUCCUGUCCGGCCACAUGUGCCUCUGACCCCACCACCAGUUGUGAUCCCCAUCCUGGUCAUUGCCUGUGACCGCAGUACUGUCCGGCGCUGCCUGGACAAGCUGCUGCAUUAUCGGCCCUCAGCUGAGCACUUCCCCAUCAUUGUCAGCCAGGACUGUGGGCACGAGGAGACAGCCCAGGUCAUCGCCUCCUACGGCAGUGCAGUCACACACAUCCGGCAGCCCGACCUGAGCAACAUUGCUGUGCCACCUGACCACCGCAAGUUUCAGGGAUACUACAAGAUCGCACGGCACUAUCAUUGGGCACUGGGCCAGAUCUUCCACAACUUCAAGUUCCCAGCAGCUGUGGUGGUGGAGGAUGAUCUAGAGGUGGCUCCAGACUUCUUCGAGUACUUCCAGGCUACCUAUCCACUGCUGAGGGCCGACCCUUCCCUCUGGUGUGUGUCUGCUUGGAAUGAUAACGGCAAGGAACAGAUGGUGGACUUGAGCAAGCCUGAGCUACUCUACCGCACAGAUUUUUUUCCUGGCCUGGGCUGGCUGCUAUUGGCUGAGCUCUGGGCUGAGCUGGAGCCCAAGUGGCCCAAGGCCUUUUGGGAUGACUGGAUGCGCAGGCCCGAGCAGCGGAAGGGGCGAGCCUGUGUGCGCCCUGAAAUCUCCAGAACAAUGACCUUUGGCCGCAAGGGUGUGAGCCAUGGGCAGUUCUUUGACCAGCACCUCAAGUUCAUCAAGCUGAACCAGCAGUUCGUGCACUUCACCCAGCUGGACCUUUCAUACCUGCAGCGGGAAGCCUACGACCGGGAUUUCCUUGCCCGUGUCUAUGGUGCUCCCCAGCUACAGGUGGAGAAAGUGAGGACCAAUGAUCGGAAGGAGCUGGGGGAGGUGCGGGUGCAGUACACAGGCAGGGACAGCUUCAAGGCCUUUGCCAAGGCCCUGGGUGUCAUGGAUGACCUCAAGUCGGGUGUCCCCAGGGCUGGCUACCGGGGCAUUGUCACCUUCCAGUUCCGGGGCCGCCGCAUCCACCUAGCGCCCCCACAAACCUGGGAUGGCUAUGAUCCUAGCUGGAAUUAGCAGUGUCUGCCUGUCCCUCCUGGGCCCCUUCCUUGCCAUAUCAUGAGCUGGGAUGGGACCACAGUCCCCAGGCUGCAUUGUCCUGUCUGUUUCCCUCUCGGGUCCAAUUUAUCUUUUUUUUUUUUUUUUUUUCCCUCUCUUUUUCAAGUGGCAUUCGAGUGCACAGAUGAUAAAGUGAGGGUUAUUAUCCUGUUCUCAAGGGAGUCAGAUCAGGGCAACCAUUCUGGAGUAUGUUGGGUACCACUGUGUGGUAGGGGGAGACUUGGGCUUGUUGGAGACGGAAGUGUCCAUGUCUUGACUUUUCUCCUAAGGCAUCUGCAGAGAAGUUGGCACUCUUGACUGGGCCUCUUGUCCCUGACCUAGCCCUUCUAGCCAGGGCAUGAGCCCUCUUCCUGCACCUAUUGCCUUCCUCACCUUCCCCCAAUGGGGGGUUGGGUUAUGGGAGAAGAGGACAUAUUUAUGGCCAAAAGGAGACUAACCAAAGGGUUUCACCAUCAGGAUCAGGGUAGAGCUGUUAGGUUGUCAGGGUUUACUGCCUCCCGCCCUUCUCCUUAUCCCUGACCUUCUCUCAGCUCUUUUCCUGCAGCCUAGCAAUUUGUGGUUCUAAGAUGAAAAGUGGAAGGGGAAAAGCAAGCCCUCUCCUCAGCUCAUGCCCAGCUGUUGGGAGGAAAGGUGAUGGGAGGGCAGCCUCAUUGUGCUGGGGCAACUCCUACCUUGUCUUGCCUCAAAAAUACAAUCCCCUCCCCCCAUCCUUUCUAAAAAUCAGUCCCCUCCCUGUCGCUUUAGGAGGGUUCCCUGCUGGCUUGGUCAAAGACAGAAUUAGCUCCUGUGUCCCCUUUCCUCCUAGGGUUUGGUGCACAGGCUCCUCCCCAGGAGAAGGGCCACACUCAUGGUGACAAGGACGUGACCAGGAUGACUCUGGGCCUGGACCAGGUGCUGCCCAGCCUGCCACCGUCCCCCCAAGCAUUCACAUGUCCUAACAGGCGUGGAUACAGGUGGCAGGUUGGAGAGGAAUUUGUGUGUUUUUGUUUCUUGCCUGACCUCAGUUUAAUGGAGGAAAGUGGAAACUACAGAAUUAUUUUUAAAAAUAAAGGCUGAAU